CCCGAGUGACAGAGAGCGGGUCCGUGAAUGAUGAUCUGCCGGUGUGGUCGGUGCGGCACUGACAUGCGCAGUGCGCGGCGCGCAGCCCGUGAUUCUGUGCAUUGUAUGUGUGUGUCCGUCCGCUGAUUUCAUCUCACACACGCGCUCCUCUCCUCCAUCCUUCUGGAUCUUCCUCCCGAGCGCAUCUUCUUUCGGAGCGGCGGCGGCGGGGUUUUCCGAGCCCUAAUGCGUCUAGAGAACCCAGCUUUUGGACUGGAACGACAAAGCUAAUGAGACAACAGUGAAACCUACUAAGGCAGAAAUACCACAAUCAUCUACUAAAGAAACACAAUGGAAGAUCUGCCUUCUUGACGAGUCACGAUGGAUGAAUAUCCACGGUGUGUUGAUGUACCUAUACAGACACAACUGCUUCUCUUGACCAUCCACAUUUGGACGCCCAGCUUUUAAGCUCGUGUUUAAGACUCAGCAUGUCUGCCGUCCAUCGGUUGUGACUGGAGUUUGGUGCAGCAUGCGUCCAUGUGCGGGCUCCUGGCGCUGGAUAGCGCUGGUCCUGUUGGCCUGGGGGACAUUGCUCUUUUAUAUCGGGGGACAUCUGGUGAGAGACAACGAACAUGCGCCACGCUCCAGCCGUGAACUGGCGAAGAUCCUCACCAAGCUGGAGCGACUGAAACAGCAGAAUGAAGACCUGCGGCGCAUGGCUCAGUCACUACGGAUUCCAGAAGGACAAUCGGAUGGGCCAAUAUCAUCAGGAAGACUGCGGUCUCUUGAGGAACAGCUAAGCCGAGCCAAACAGAAGAUCCACAGUUUUCAGAGAUUAUCUGGAGACGUUGGCCCGGGUCGAGAACAGGAGGAACUGCGGAGGAAGGUGGAGAAUGGAGUGAAAGAGCUGUGGUACUUUAUUCACAGCGAGAUACAGAAGCUGAGUCACGUGGAGCCGUCAGACAGACAGAAACACACAGAGACGCUGCUGCAGGACCUCGGCCAUCAACAGAGAACCAUCAUGAUAGACCUGCAUGAUCUCAGUCAGGCGGACGGAGCGGGAGACUGGAGAGAGAAGGAGGCCAGAGAUCUUUCCAACCUGGUGCACAACAGGAUCUCCUACCUGCAGAACCCGCAGGACUGCAGUAAAGCCCGUAAGCUGGUGUGUAACAUCAAUAAGGGCUGCGGAUACGGCUGUCAGCUCCAUCACGUGGUUUACUGCUUCAUGAUCGCUUACGGCACGCAGAGAGUCCUGAUCCUCGAGUCCCACAACUGGCGUUACGCUCCCAAAGGCUGGGAGACGGUCUUCCGGGCCGUCAGUGACACCUGCACGGAUCGAUCCGGAGCCACGACCGGACACUGGUCAGGUGAGGCUCACGACCAAGACGUUCAGGUGGUAGAGUUGCCCAUCGUAGACAGUCUUCACCCCAGACCUCCGUACCUUCCACUCGCUAUCCCAGAAGACCUUGCGCCCCGACUGCAGCGUCUUCACGGCGAUCCGUCUGUCUGGUGGGUGUCUCAGUUUGUCAAGUACUUGGUCCGUCCUCAGGCCUGGCUGGAGAAGGAGAUCCAGGAGGCGUGUGGCAAACUGGGCUUUAAACACCCCAUCAUUGGCGUCCAUGUCAGACGGACAGAUAAAGUCGGGACGGAGGCCGCGUUUCACCCCAUAGAGGAGUACAUGAUCCAUGUGGAGGAACAGUUCCAGUACAUGGCUCAACGUGGCCACGUGGAUAAAAAACGAGUGUAUUUGGCCACUGACGACCCCUCACUGUUGCAGGAGGCAAAAACUAAGUACACAGACUAUGAGUUCAUCAGUGAUAACUCCAUCUCUUGGUCAGCGAGUUUACAUAACCGAUACACGGAGAAUUCACUCAGAGGCGUCAUCCUGGACAUCCACUUCCUGUCCCAGACUGACUUCCUGGUUUGCACCUUCUCCUCACAGGUGUGUCGUGUGGCAUAUGAGAUCAUGCAGACUCUUCAUCCAGACGCCUCGGCUUUCUUCCGCUCUUUGGACGACAUCUACUACUUCGGUGGACAGAAUGCACACAACCAAAUCGCCAUCUACCCGCACCAGGUGCGCACGACGGAGGAAAUCCCACUGGAGCCUGGAGACGUCAUCGGAGUUGCUGGAAACCACUGGGAUGGGUACUCUAAAGGGGUCAACCGCAAACUGGGACGCACUGGCCUCUAUCCGUCCUAUAAAGUCAAGGAGAAGAUCGAGACGGUGAAGUAUCCCACUUACCCCGAAGCAGACAAGCUGCUGAGCUUAUAGAACAACACACAUUAAUAAUUAACGCACAGAUGGCAGGGGAUCUCUGGAUCAAAGACACAUGUGUGCGUCUGUGUAUUUAUAGGACAGACACAACUUGAAGGUUUGUAUAAAUUGCAUAAGGAUCUCAUGGACUGCUGUGGACAUCAGAAGCCUUUCAAACGGCACUCAGAUCAGCAGAAGCAAAUGAUAAAAAAACAUUUUUUUUAAAUUGUUUUAAUGUUUUUUAAAUAUUCUCUUGCCUUUUUUGUCACUUUCUCUAUCCUCAAACUGGAGUGAAACUCACGGAGGCUGUCAAGCACACAUUUCAUCCACAAAAUCAGCAGAAAAAGUAAACAAUUACAUUUUGCAUUAAGUAAAAUGAAGCCUAUUUGAAUAUUUUGCAUUGCACUAAAAAUGUUUUGUUCAUUUAAAGCAGGAGAUAAAAUCUCAUACAAACGUUUCAGCUUAUUUUCAUAAAAUAAAAUUUCUUAUUUUCAUCUUUUUUUCAUAUAAAUUGAAAAUUAUUUGUUAUUUUGUAAUUUAUUCAUUUUUAAUAUAUUUAUAACUUAUUUAAUUUAUUGUUAACAUUUAUGUUAGGUUUAUAUAUGAUUAUAUUUAAAACGUUCCUUAAAACGUUCUGAGACAUUAAUGGAAAUGUAUUUAUUUAUUUAUUUAGUAUUUAUUUAUUUAUAAUUGUCUCUACAUCUUAUUUAUAAUAUAAUAUUUUUACAUUACGGUAGUAUUUCAUAUACUGCUUUUUAUUUUUGCUGAUUUAAAUUUAAAAAAUGUUCAUGCACAUAGCAGUAGCAGAGAAAAUGUGCUUAAUUAUAUCAAAAUAAUGUUCAAAAUACAAAUUAAAAUAAAAAAUAAUACUCCUAAAACAGGCCUCAUGCUCUUCAUGCAAAAUGUAAUUUCUUAUUUAUUUCUUUUGAUUUAGUGCUGAAAUCUGAUUGGUACCUGUCAGACUUCACUCAUCACGCUGUGCUCUUAUUUCUUUAUCAGUCUUCAAUCUGUAUGUGUGUGUUUGUGUGUGUUCACACAAACUGUUUGUGCUCUUGUUUAUUGUGCAUCCAAAGUGGUGGCUGAAAUUAAAGGAAAAAGCAUUGCAGAACUUCAAUAUAUAUUAAAAAGGAUUUAUUAAAUAGGUGGAACUUCACAGUUUACCAUCAAUAUCAAAUUACUCAUUGUUAGUAAACCUGAAAUAUUUGGACAUUUUACAAAGUAACAAAAAAAAAUGAAGCAUAAGAUUUAUAGUCAAAUAUUAAAUUUUAUGAUUUAUGAACAUGAUCUCAUUGGAGAUUCG